UGGCGGGGGGGCACUUUCUUAAAGGCGUAACUGUUUUUUGCUGGACACCGUUUGCUCUUAAAAUCCGGAACUCGUGAUCAUUCCCGUUGAGUGCUCGUCGACAGAGGUAGUUUACCCGCAGCUGUGGGCUUUAGCAGCAAACCGCAGCCGGCUCCACACACCGCGGAGGUAUUAUGCUCUUCAGGCUAUGAGAUAUCAGGAGUCAUGGCGGGUUGGCACCGGGUAACUGCCUUCUGUGUCGGGCUUUUAUUAAUGCUGCUGUCGGCACCCAGCUCCGAGAAACCGGCGGGGAAAUGUCUCGGCGAAAAGCCUCGUUCACCCCCCAAACCCCCGGUCGUCCUCAUUCCAGGAGAUCUGGGAAACCAGCUGGAGGCAAAGCUGGACAAACCCACUGUGGUCCAUUACAUCUGCUACAAGAAGACUAACACAUACUUCACACUGUGGCUCAACCUGGAGCUGCUGGUGCCUGUAGCCAUAGACUGCUGGAUAGACAACAUUAGGCUGAUCUACAACCAGACCACACACACCACCUCUUCCCCACCAGGUGUGGACAUCCGCGUCCCUGGGUUCGGGAAGACCUUCUCAUUGGAGUACCUGGAUCCCAGCAAACGCAGUGUGGGAAUGUAUUUCUUCAGUAUAGUGCAGGCACUGGUAGACUGGGGUUACACCAGAGAUGAUGAUGUCAGAGGAGCACCCUAUGAUUGGAGGAAAGCGCCCAAUGAGAAUAAAGAUUAUUUCUUGAAGCUGCAAAAUAUGAUUGAAGAGAUGGUGGAGAAGGCCGGUGAGCCUGUGGUGCUCAUAGCGCACAGCAUGGGCAACCUGUACACUCUGUAUUUCCUCAACCAGCAGCCACAGGCUUGGAAGGAUCGGUACAUCAAGGCUUUCGUCUCUCUCGGAGCGCCAUGGGCCGGCGUAGUGAAGACCUUGCGUGUGGUCAUCUCUGGUGAUAAUGACCACAUCCCAGUGAUCAGCCCGCUCAAGAUUCGCUCCCAGCAACGUUCUGCUGUCUCCACCAAUUGGCUGUUUCCCUUUGUUCGCUCCUGGCCCAAAGAUAAGGUCUUGGUCCAGACACCUACCGCCAACUACACUGUGCAGGACUACCAUCGACUCUACUCUGACAUCAAUUUUGAGGACGGCUGGAUGAUGCAGCAGGACACAGAAUCGCUGGUGGCUGACUUUACACCCCCCGGCGUGCCUGUCCACUGUCUGUAUGGUGUAGGCAUUCCCACCCCUGAAGCAUUUCAGUACUCCGAAAAGUUCCCAGACGUGGACCCCACAGUGGUGAACGGCGAGGGGGACGGGACGGUAAACCUGCACAGCGCCCUCCAGUGCAAACGCUGGAUAGGAAAGCAGAAGCAGCCUGUGAUGUUGGUCGAACUUCCACAAAAUGAGCACGUUAACAUGCUGCUCAAUGUGACAACUGUGGACUAUAUUAAGAAAGUGGUGUUUUCUCCGUGAUGCUGGCUGGCAGGCAGACGGCUCUGUUCGCCUUACACUGACGCGCGGAGCCAGACGGGAACUGACGUCUCACCUGUCUGAACAAUGAUUGCCAAAUAUUCUCCGGUUAUGCCGCAAUGCUCAAGGAAAGUAUUAAGGUUCUUUAGGACAAAUGCAGGAUGAUAUUUUUUUUCAAAUUGAUUUUUAUAGCUGUUACUCUAAAGUUGUAACUCUACAUGCAAAGAUUUUAACUAGAUUCACAUGUGCUUUAAUAAAUGAGCGAUGUUUUGAUCUUGAAUGAGA